AGCAUAAAGCUUCUUUCUUCGAAAUUGAUCUUGCGAAAUUUGCAAUCAGAUUCUGUAACUAUUGUUUUUUUUUUUCUUUCUCGAUUCGGUUUUCAAACAUGGACUUUGUUGUUGAAGAAGGGAAGCGAGUGAACGAAGAGUGCUCAACUUUAAUUCUCCCUGCAUUGUCAAUUGGGAAUGUAGGGCAGCUCGCUGUUGAUCUUCUAGUGUCAUCUACUGAUGCAGAGAGAAUUGGUUAUCUCGAUGAUCCAAAUCUGCUUCCUUGUGUUGGCAAUGACGCUUAUGGCCCUCUUCCUUGUGGCGAGAUCGCUCUUCCUUUCGAGGUUUAUGAGUCGUCUUCAAUUUCUACUACUCUUGCUCAGCAACGGUCUCCAGUUGCAAAGGGAAUGAUGAUUAACUUUGUGGAGAAUAUAGCCAAUUUUGCUGCUUCAAAUGGAAAGAAGCACGUUAUUGUGCUGUCCAGUUUAGACUUCCAAAGGCUGCAUAACUUGGAUAUGUCAAGAGGCCCGCAGGUGUAUUAUCUGUCUAAUACCGGAUCUGAUGGAAGAGAUGAUCACUGUGAGAAGCUCGGAUUUGGAAGAUUGAACGAGUAUGAUUCAGAAGGAAGAUGUUGGAAGUACCUUAGCUCCGUCUUUGAGAAGAACAGUGAAGACGACUUGACUUUCCCUUCAGAAGAUGAACUCGAAGACAUAGACUACUACCCAAGCUUGCCAUUUGCAGCUCUUUUUUCAGCAUUUAAGGCAAAAGGCUUGAAGGUGACAUGCCUGCUAUGCUACUGUUCUGAAGGAGACAACAUUCCUGAAGCAUUUCUUCUAGCAGAAGCUGCAUCUAAGCUUACGGGUCUGAGUCCUGACAAAUUCCAUGGGGAAGAAGGUGGGAAAUGGCGGAUACCGUAUUCGUGGAAGAGUAUGUAUGGAGCUCCCCCAGAUAUGUCCAUGUUUUAAGACUGUUGUUGUAGCUCAGAGAGUUAGACACAGAGGUUGUAGUAGUAAAAGUAUGAUCCAGUGAGAAGUUUAUGAACAAUUGAGAUUGGUUGAAUCCGAUAGAGACCUUUUUAUUUUGUUUCUGGGUUUGUUCGUCUGUUACAGAAUAACAAAGUUAACAAGUAGAGUUUCAUUACUAGAA